AUGAUUGUGAAUCGUGACAGGUCAACGUCACAAGACCCUGCACCGAUACCAAGCUGCACUCAGCUCCAGAUAUUUCAUCCCCAAGGACAGUCAACGAUGGGCUCCAUCCUAAAGCCCACCAGAUACGUCUACAAUAUCCACGCUGUGUUAGAGCCUAGCUCCUGCACUGGUAUAAGAUCCCUGAUCGACAAAUAUAACCAACCCGAGUAUCGUACGCCAAGACUAUACCCUUCACAAGAAUCCACAUGGUCUCACAUAACACUCUUCCGACUCCCAGCACUCGACCCCAACAUCUGUCGGCGUGCGGUAUCUAAAGCCUCGAAACGGUUCCCGCCAUUUGAAAUCACCUUCACAAGACCUUAUCGCAUGUCCACAGGAUCAGAAGGGAAGAACGACUACGUCGCGCUAGAGUACUGGUCUUACGAGCUCUCUGAGAUCGUGCAAAAACUCCGGAAAGAACUGAUUGGUGUUGUUGACGAGUAUGGGAAAACAGCAACUGCUCAUCUUGGGGACAGGAAAGGGAGAAGUGUGCGGAGGAAACUCAUUGAGGAAUUGCACGAUGAGUCGCCGCAUGUGACUGUCGCGUCGAAAUUGUAUGAGGAGCAAAGUGGGAGGAUUUUGAAAGAUCUGAGACGGAGCUUUGGGGACGUUGGGAGUGCUUCUAAAUUUACUGUGAAGGCUACUGGGUUGGAAUUUGUGGAGUUGAAUGCAGAUGGGAUGAGGCCACGGUAUUUGCAGUCGGAUGAGUUUCCAUUUCAACCUCGAGAUGCGGAAAAAUCGGACUCGGGAGGAGGUGUUGAAAACCUCACGCCGGAGUGA